ACAGUGGAUGAGCGUGAGUUAACGCAGCGAGCAGACGCGCACUGGUGAAAUAUUGUGCAGAGACUCUGGCAUUGGGAGAGAGAGGUGCUGCGAGGGUGAUAACAGAAGCAUGGUACAGCAGACGGAGAACUGCGAGACGGAGAGUUUGUCCAGAGAGGCGACCGACUCUGACGAGAGCGAGUUUAUGGCGUGCAGCCCGGUGCCCGGCUCCGAGAUGAACCCGGACUGGUGCCGGACAGCCACUGGCCACAUCAAGCGGCCCAUGAAUGCGUUUAUGGUAUGGUCCAAAAUCGAGCGGAGAAAGAUCAUGGAGCAGUCGCCAGACAUGCACAACGCCGAGAUAUCCAAGCGCCUGGGCAAACGCUGGAAAAUGCUGAAGGACAGCGAGAAGAUCCCGUUCAUCCGCGAAGCCGAGCGGUUGCGCUUGAAGCACAUGGCAGACUACCCUGACUACAAAUACCGUCCGAAGAAAAAACCAAAGCUGGACAAUAACUCGUCCAAAUCGGCGCUGUCUCCUGAGAAGUCAUGCGCGAAGAUGCCGAAGAGCGGCGGUGCUUCCAACAAGAAGUGUCCCAAACUGAAAACGAGCAAGUCUGGAAGCAAGUACGCGGAUGACUACGCGUACAAGAGUGCCAAAGUGGCAAAAAUCGUGAAGAGCGAGUUUACGGAUGAUGAUGACGAUGACGACUACGAGUAUGAGGAGGAGAGGACGCAGGCGCGCUUAAAGGGCCUAGACGACGAGGAGCAGACUCGCGCAUAUAGCGCGGCUAAAGUUCCCGCCAGUCCCACGCUAAGCGCCGGCGCAGACCCGGAGACCGCCAGUAUGUACGAAGACGCAACGCGGAGCUCAGCGCCACACGGCGCGCGCCUCUACUACAACUUCAAGAACAUCACCAAGCAGAGCCCGGCGUGCACCUCCUCCUCCUCGUCGUCCUCCCCAGCCUCGGCGCGGUCCGUGUCCACAUCGUCCAGCUCGAGCGACGACUCGGACGACCUCCUGUUCGAUUUCAGCCUCAAUUUAGCGGCAGCUUCACAGUGCUCCGAGUCGGGCGGCCUCGCUUCAAAUCUUUCUCUCUCCCUAGUGGAUAAAGACUUGGACUCGUUCAGUGAAGGCAGCCUCGGCUCGCACUUUGAGUUCCCCGACUACUGCACACCCGAACUGAGCGAAAUGAUCGCCGGCGACUGGCUCGAGAAAAACUUUUCCGACCUGGUGUUUACGUACUAAAAUAGUAAUAACGUUCGGCAGAAGGACUGAAAACAAAAUGAUGAAUUUGACGUGUCGUGUACACGUUUGUUUGUUGUGAUCCUCCAUCACCUUGCGGUGUAAGACUGCUUAGCAGUUUGGGGGAAGGGAGAGAGAAAGAUUGGAUGAGUAGAUGGCGUACGAAGAAGGGUACUGUAGCAGAGAGAGAGAGAGAGAGAGAGAGAGAGAGAGAGAGAGAGAAAGAAGGAAGCGUAAAUGAAAACAGACUUUUUUUCUGGCAGCAUGACAGGGUUUUAAGGAUUUUUUCUGUAGGUCUACAAUAUAUCGAUCGACUACAGUCGGGCCGCAAUGGGGAAAAAAUCUGAGAACUUCUAUGCAUCUUUAACCCUCUUUAUAACUGCAGGGAGAUGAACUCAUUAAGACUGUGGACUGACUCGAAGCGAAUCUGUGAACUUUUUUCACCGUUCAUUCAGGACGCCAGCUUAAAACAAAACAAACAAACAAAAAAACACGGUCGUUUCUGUUCUUUCGAAAGGUCUUCUUUUGUCUGUUUUUAUACCCGAUUCUCGUUUACCUACCGGCGUGAACCUUAAAGCAGCCUAUUUUAAUCCUCUCCGGAGUCACAGUUGUCGGAGGACCCGUUUUGAUACAUAAACAGACCUCAUGUUUUUAAAAGAAAGCAAACUAUUUUCAGGCGUAUUUUUGUACAGUGCAAAAAAAAGGGGGAAUGUUCUUUACCGCGCGCUCAGUGAGUUUCAGGCACUUCUUUCCCACAUUAGUUUAUCUGAGCAUGCAAAAGCGAGUUCCAGAUCAAUUCAGACUCGACUCAGCAAUGCCUUGUGAUUUGAAGCUUUUUUGUUUUUGUUUUUGUACAGUUGUAGAUCAGAUUCGUCCAGUACUUGUAGAACAUAAUGGCAUUUGUAAGGGAGAGAAAAGGAGAGAAAAGAGAUGUACCUCCAUGCUGGUACUAGUUUCCAGAUUGUAUAUGUACUGUAAAAUAGUAAAAGUUAGGAGUUUAUGUAUAUCAUACUCGUGAUAUGUGGAUGGGUCCCAAAUCGCAGGUGUGAAACUGGAUUUUUUUUUUUAUUAUUAUUAUUAUUAUUUGUUAUGGCACAUAUUGUUUCCCCUUCAUUUUUCUUUUGUUUGUGCAAUAUAUUUACAUGUAAAUGCAGACCAUCUACAUUUUUAUUGUAGCAAAUGGUGGCCAGGCAGACAUGUGGGGUAUGAACAAUAUGAUCUGUCACCAUGCUGAAGUCUGUCUUUACAGUGAUAAGGAAAGUAAUCAGCUGGAACUGAUGGAAAAGAAAUUGAGAAUGACCACAUGACAUGAUGCAUUACUGUGGAUAGAAAAUAAAUAAAUAAAACCAGUAUCCCUCUAAAAACAUUUGAUUUACUACAAGAAAGCUAUAGAAAAUGACCCUGUUUAAAACAAUAAUAAAAAUUUGGCAGGUAUUGAUUGUAGGUAAGCUGGCUGAAAAAAUGUCAAGCAAGCAAAAAGAAAAGUACAUUCCAUAUCCUUGUUUCAUAUGAUGGAACGUAUUAUGUUCAACGUAAGACUGCCUUCUUUUCUAAAUACAACCAUAGACCUGUAUUUUUUUUUGGUUUCUUGCACUUAAGCAGAUUUUGUUUAUUUGAUGUGGGUCUUACAUGAAGUCUGUUUCGAAUACGUGUUCGGGAAUGUGAAAACCAAGAGAAGUGGUGACGCAUUGAGCAGCAGUUGCCUCACAUUCCAAGUGUGAAUCUCUUUGACUCAUGUUUUAAUAAAUAAAUAUCUACACCAUAAA